GACGCCGUGCGCAGUCCCGGCCGGCCCUGCCCUGCCCUGCCCUGCCCCGCGCGGGCGGCGCGAUGUGAGGCUCCCGAGGGCCCGAGCGUCCCCCGGCUCGCCAGCCCCGCGCAGCGCCGGCGCCAGCAUGCGCUAGGAACGGCCGCUGAUCGCGGUGGCGGAGUUCCCGCUGGCCGGACCUACUGGCUCGGCCGGCCGUGGGGGCGCCCAGCAGCCCGGAGCUCCCCGCCUGGGGUCCCCAGCUCUCAGGCCCGGGUCUCAGAAAGUGGGUGAGCGUCUGGAGCUAGAAGAUAAAGGACACGUUGGAGGAGGAAGGAGCCAGACUGGGAGAGACCCCCGUCUCCGGGCCGGGGAGGUGUUGUGCUGAUUGAAGGGAAGGACCAGCAGUCAGCUCAUCUCUGUGUCUCCCAGACCCGUGCCAGGCACACAGACAGGAUGGCGGCCAAGCAGCCCCCACCUCUCAUGAAGAAGCACAGCCAGACGGACCUCGUGAGCCGCCUGAAGACCCGCAAGAUCCUUGGCGUGGGCGGGGAGGAUGACGACGGGGAGGUGCAUCGCUCCAAGAUCAGCCAGGUCCUGGGCAAUGAAAUCAAGUUUGCCGUUCGGGAGCCUCUGGGGCUGAGGGUCUGGCAGUUUGCUUCUGCUGUGCUCUUCUCCGGCAUUGCCAUCAUGGCCCUCGCCUUCCCUGACCAGCUCUAUGAUGCGGUCUUUGAUGGGGCCCAGGUGACCAGCAAGACCCCCAUCCGCCUCUAUGGAGGGGCCCUCCUCAGCAUCUCCCUGAUCAUGUGGAAUGCUCUCUACACGGCUGAGAAAGUUAUCAUCCGAUGGACCCUGCUCACCGAAGCCUGUUACUUUGGGGUCCAGUUCUUGGUCAUCACGGCCACACUCGCCGAGACGGGCCUCGUGUCCCUGGGGAUUCUGCUGCUCUUGGCCAGCCGCCUCCUUUUCGUCGUCAUCAGCGUUUACUACUAUUACCAAGUCGGCCGAAAACCCAAGAAGGUCUAGCCACUCGCUGGGCCGGGGAGGCCCCGGGGCCUUGGUUUCCCUCUGGCUCCUGGAAGACAGGAAGGACCGGGCCCUGUGCCAGGCCUGCCGCAGGCAGGCGGGGCUGAUGGCCUUCCUUUCCUCCUGGGCACCCCCGAAUGCUGUGACCCCCCCCCCGGGCUUUCAGGUCUGGGGAGGGACAGGCCUCUCGCACCCGUGUCCUUCGCCCCACGCAGUGACGCCUCCUUUUCUUGGGUCUCUUGGUCUCCGGAUUCCCUGGACAGAUACUGACUGAAGAGCUUGACUCAGGGGGGAUUGGGCUAAGGUGAGGUUCCUGCCCCUUCUGCCAGGAGGCCCUCUUUGGUUUAAGAGGGGCUGAGCACUGUCUCCCCGCCCUCCCCACACCCCCAGCCAAUCUGGUGCCCACGCAGUUGAAGGUGGCCUCCCCUUAGGCCUGGAAAAAUCGAGAAUCUGACCCUGUGCCCAAUCCUCCCCACCUGCGGGGCUGCCCUCUGCCCCUAACACACACGCCUGCCCCCCCGCACCCCCCGCAGCCCAGGUGCCGCUGACACGCAGGGCUGGCCGUCUUUGAGCUGGCACCUCCCUUUCAGCCUCUCUGGGAAGCGGGCCGCCUGGAGCCAGAGCCCGGUCCCCGGCCCCAAGCCCCCAUUCCCCCACUGGCCGGGGUCCCGAGGCUGCCAGCAGCCCCGCCCCCAGGCCGGCCCGGACAGCGGACUCGGAGAGGAGUGGAGCCCCUGGGAUGGGGUUUAGAGGUGAGGAAGAACGAAGUGGUGGCAUUUCCUUGUCCCUUGGAUUGUCCCUCGGGGUCUGCCCGGCUCAGUCCCCUCACACACCUCCCCCUCCCCCCAGGGUGCUGCCUGCAGGGUAGGGCUGGGUGCCCUUCAGACUCAGCAUCGGAAACAAAUAUUUCAGCAGGCCA